AAUAAUUUGAAAUUAUUUUCAAAUUUGUUGGAAGGAACACAGAGGGCCGUUCUACAUAAUGGUAUCAUUAAACCUCUGAGUAAUACUGACUGCAGUGUAAUUAAACUCAAUCCAUUGCAGAAGACUCACAUAUGAAUUCUCACUAUCUUGAAAACUGACUGUGAACUGGAGACUUAGGACUUUAGAAAGGAGAAGCUAAUCAAGAUGUUCUGAAAGAUAGAGAUGAGGAAAUUAAAAGUUUGAACUCGGCAUGGAGACCGUGAGUACAUCCUGAUAGUUGCAGAAACCAUGCAUCUGCUUUACACCCCCAAAGAAGGAAGCAAGAACAUGAGAAAAAGAGUGAUUAAAUGGCAGAGCUUAAGGGUAUGCAUUGUAGUUCUUAAAGAGAGCCUACCGAAAAGGAGGAUGAAGAAAUGUUUUUGUCGGGAGGCUUGAAAACUCUGCUUCCCCAUGUGCUAAGAAGAGUAAUUCGAUGCAACAGACUCAGUAUUAGUAAUACUUCUGGAAUGGCAGAGGGCUAUAAACAGGCCAAUGUCGUGAUUUUACACAAGUCCCUGGCUGAUGACUUCGAGAAGUUUUGCCAUGCAAAUGAAGGACCCCUGCCACUGCUGUACAGAAGUAAACCAGGUGAUUGGAAAUGUCCUCCUCUGAGUAGCGAUUCUGAUAUCAGAACUGACUGCCCACAGUACAGAAUAUAUGAGCAUGGAGCUUGUACUGGAUCACGGAAAAGCCUGAAAGAGUAUUCUGAACAACUUAAGGAUAUGGUGACUUUUUAUUUAGGCUGCAGCUUCUCUUUUGAAAAAGCUGUUCAAAAUGCUAACAUUCCCGUAAGAAAUGUUGAGCAAAAAUGUAAUGUAAGCAUGUAUAAGAGGUAUUAUUCAAUAUUUCUGCUAACACCUUGGAUUCUUUUGAACUGCCAGACAGUAGUCCCCUGCUACAGCGUUUCUACAUUUUGCUGCGAUUUAGUAGUCACAAUGAGACCUAUUCCUGAAAGCAAGUUGGAAGCAGCUGUGAUAGCAACAUCUGAAUUAAAAGAAGCCCAUGGAGCACCAAUUCACAUGGGUGAUCCUGGUCUGCUGGGAAUACAAGAUCUUUCCAAACCAGACUAUGGAGAUCAAGUUCAACUUUACCCUGGUGAUAUUCCAGUGUUUUGGGCCUGUGGAGUAACAGGAGUAGAAGCAGUCAUCAACUGCAGAACGCCAUUAGCUUUUACUCAUUCUCCUGGCUGCAUGUUUGUUACUGACCUAAAGAAUGACAAUGUUACAGUCAGAUCCUCAAGAGAAAUCCCACAAGUCCACCUCAUUUCUCAAGAUCCUCUGCAUUACAGUAUUGUAUCAGCAGAAGCAGCCCAGAAGAUAAAGACUCUAGAGACCCUAAUUGGAAUAGAUCCAGGAGACCGGGGUAUAAUUCAUCUAUGCCGCCAGGACGAGCUGCUGAAGGCUUGCCUGUCCAUCUCCCAUGCUCGGUCGGUGCUGAUAACAACUGGAUUUCCUACCCACUUCACUUACGAGCCACCUGAAGAGAACGAUGGGCCCCCAGGAGCCCUCGCUAUUGCAGCUAUAUUGCAGGCCUUGGAGAAAGAGGUUGCCAUAGUAACAGAUCAGAGAGCCAUGAAUCUGAAUAAAAAGAUUAUUGAAGAGGCUGUUCAACUAGGAAUCCUGAAGAGACCUAUCCCUCUAUUGAGUUAUCAAAGGGAAAGUGCUGAUUCAGCUUUAAUGUUUUUGUGUGAGAAUGGAGAUCCUGGAAGACCUAGAUUUGAUCACCUGAUAGCAAUAGAGCGUGCUGGGAUGGCUGCUGAUGGCAAUUACUACAAUGCCAGGAAAGUUAACAUCAAACAUCUCGUGGAUCCAAUAGAUGAACUAUUUUUAGCUGCACAAACCAUUCCAGGAGUCACAACAACAGGUGUUGGAGAUGGAGGAAAUGAAUUAGGAAUGGGCAAAGUACAAGAUGCUGUAAAGAAGCACAUAAAAAAUGGAGACAUUAUAGCUUGUGAUGUUGAAGCUGAUUUUACUAUUGUAGCUGGGGUCUCUAACUGGGGAGGCUAUGCCAUUGCAUGUGCUCUGUAUAUUCUCAGCACCUGUGAAAUACAUGACCGCUACCUGAGGAAAGCUGUGGGGUUUCCACGGUUAUCGAAGAAGACAGUCUGGCUAUCAGCACUUCCAUCGGUUACCAAGGAAGAAAAGCUUCUGAAAACACUUGUGCGGUAUGGGGUCCGCAGUGGAAAAACUGCCAGUCUGGAAAUGGAGGUGGAUGGGCUGCCCUUCUACAACACCCAUUCGCUUAUGAUUGAAAAGCUGCUGCAAGAAACACAGCAGUGACUGCCCCUAAUGAUUGCUAUAUCAAGAGUUGCUCCCAUGUUAUUUCCUUAUUCCCUAGGAUCUCACAAGGUAUAAAAGAUCAGAAAUAGAUCUUUUCAUCUUUUUCAUACUUUUCAUACUUGGGCUGCGCACAACCUUUCACUGUUAUCCUUAAAGCUCUGUGAAUUGAGAAGGGGAUAUCAUCAUGAUGAUCUGGUCUACCUUACUUUUCUGUAAUUUUAUAACGGGUAAUGGAUUGAUAUUAUGUAUAAUGAUAUUAUAUACUAAGAGGUGAUCUGGCUUUUACAAAGAAAGCAUGUCAUUAAAAUGAAAUAUUAUUGCAUUGCUGUUCCUGUUUUACUAACCUCAUAACUACAACGGGAAGUAACUCCUGUAGCAACCUGGAUUUAAAAAUACCUUGCAGUGGGGAGAACAGCUGCACUGGAGAGGUGAGGUUCAAAACAAAAAAUCCCCAGUACAUGUUAUGGUAGUGAAAAUUGUUAAAUACAGCUCCCUUGCACACUUCUCUAACACUGUCUUCUUAUGGUCGUGGAUAGUUUGGGGAAGUGUGAGGAAAUAAGGGGAGAGUUUUAACUGAGCUCUUAACAAGUGAGCUUUAACUAAUAAAAGGGCAAUGUUUCAGACCUUCCCUGUAAAGGGUAGGCUCUACUAUUUGCCUCCUUCAUAUUAGUGGUUUGCCAUUUAUAUAUUUUGUCCCUUUCUGUAACACAAAAGGGUUGUACAGAAAGGUUGUAAGCAUUUCAGGGUAUCCUGUU